AGGUCACGUUUAGCUGCGCGCGCAAGGAGCUAGAGUGGGCUGAUGAUCUAUAGGGCUAGAGCGAUCCUCAGCAGCACAGCCUAGCAAUGGGUGACCAGUCUCUGAAGCAGUACACGUGGGAAGAGGUGAAGAAACACCGCAGUUCUGAGUCCCUGUGGAUCGUGGUGGACGGCAAAGUGUACGAUGUGACUGACUUUCUAGACGAGCACCCUGGAGGCGAAGAGGUAAUGAUGGAGCAUUCAGGCAGAGAUGCAACUGAGGCAUUUGAUGACGUCGGCCACUCGCCUGACGCGAAGGAGAUACAGAAGAAGUACCUCAUCGGCGAGGUGGUUGGGAGCCGAAGAGAGCAGGAACCAAGACCACCAGCACAGCUAGCGAGAACAGGGGUAAGGAAGAACCGUCCAGCUGGUCAACGAAAGGGCGCAUUGCUCCUUAGGAGUUCGUAUUAUGAUUGUUUCUCAUCACGUGGAAGCGGCAUGGCGACUCCGGCAGGGAAGACGUUCACGUGGGACGAGGUGGCGCAGCACAACUCUGUGUCGGCGGGCGUCUGGGUGGUGAUUGACGGCCUCGUGUACGACGUGACGCAAUUCGUGGACGAGCAUCCAGGAGGGGACGAGGUCUUGCUAGACAAUGCAGGAAAAGACGCCACUAGUCCCUUCCGCGACGUGGGGCACUCGGAUGACGCUAUUCGCCUCAGAGACGGUUUCUGUAUAGGCCGGAUAGCGAGCGAUGACCCUCCGUCAGAGGAAACACCACGAUCUUCUACGUCAAGCCAGCUAAAGGCAGCUGUUGGAGUAGCUGCAGGAUUUGCAGUCCCGGCUCUUGUACUCGUGGCAGCAGUUGCAGCUGGCUACUUCAUUUACCGCCGCUUCAAGCACUAGGGACCAGUAGCCAUAGGGAGAGAGGAGGGGGGUGGAGAAGUUCGCUUAUCGCACACAAGUCUAGUUGCUCACUAUUGUCUAGUAUUAGAUGGCACUCUCUUUGGUGUCAUGUGAUCUGUAUCCAGUCUCUGAUAGGUCAGUGUGUAAAUUGUGAUAUAAUAAAUAUCAAUAAUUGAAGAAAAAUUGUGUCAAAGGAAUGAAAGAAAGAAUGCUAAUUGGAAGAGAGGAAUUAUCAGAUUGUCAACCUGUCCAGUAUAGGCUUCCAUGAUUGCCGUGGCAACCACACUUGCGCUCACCACGCCCCACUCCCUUAGUGUCGGCAUGGAAAUGUAAGGAUCCAUCAUCACAAUUGCCAGCACGGCCACCAGUUGAGUGAGGACUGACAUGGCAGAGCCCUCCACUGUCUUCUUUGUCCCUACACCACAUGAAACACUCACAUACUGUUAACAAACUACACCUUUUGGUAGAUAUUUUGGUAAAAUGACCUGGUCCCGUACACUUUUCCCCAUUUGCCAAUCAGGAAAUUGUAUUCACUGGAAACAUUUGGCCUAGAGGCAUUAAUCUAAGCAAGGCCCUAGGCACUGUGAUAUACACAGGCAAUAAAAUACUAGACAGUUUUGUUUCCACAGAAAUUCCUAAAUUUCAUCCGCACGAAGAGAACAUACCAGGCCAGAGUGUCUUUCCCAUGAGUGUACCAGCCACAGCUGCCAUUGAAUCUCCCACUCCCACUGACAAUACUCCACUGUAGAGUGACAACUUCCCCACUGGACAUCAUGGAGGGAGUGGGUGGAGCAAUGGACACAUAGGGAGAGAGAGGAAGGGAAGAUAG